AUGGCCGUCACCAAGCCCGGAUCGAACACGAGGGUGCUGCGAUACCACCAGCUCAACAACGCCACACACUUGACCAUUGUCACAUCUGCCUCAGUGAACAAUGGAUCAAGAGACGAGCCACCCUCCCCACCGCCUCAACCACCCCCGAGCCCGGUAGGCUGGAACCGUCUAGUUUCAGUAUGUUGUGUCCCCAGUGAUGCCUACCAAUACUGA